AUGAAAGCUAGGAGGAGGGAAAAUUUUAUCAAUAGCAUUCAAUCGGAAAAUGAUGUUUUGGAGUCGGUGGGAGAGAUAAAGGAAGAGGUGAGGAGGCAUUUCGAGAGCAAGUUUUGUGAACCUGUUUUUCACCGUCCUUCUCUCGAAGGAGUUUCUCUGAAGGCUAUUUCAUUCAGGGAGAAAAGUAAUCUUGAAGAACUGUUUACGGAAAAGGAAAUAAAGGAUGCGGUUUGGGGUUGUGAGGGAUCCAAGAGUCUGGGGCCGGACGGUUAUAACUUCUUUUUCAUAAUAAAAUGUUGGAGUUUCACGAAGGCUGAUUUCUUGAGGUUUUUCAAUGAUUUUCACAGUAACGAUAUUCUUUUGAAGGUUAUAGUGUCAUUGUUUAUCACAUUAAUUCCUAAAAAGGAGAAAUCUAUUGCUCUCGAUGACUUCCUUCCUAUUUGUUAA